UUGCAAGUUUUCACUAAAGAAACAGGUGGAUCACUUGUAAAUAAGCCGCAACAAAAAAAACGUGAGCAAUAUACAAAUUCUCAUGCGAACAUUGCUUUGGGAGUCAACAAGAAGGAAAUGCUGUAUGUUGGCGUUUGCCAUGGCGGCACGUAAUUCAGUUUUAAAAAUAAACGUAAAUGGGAUAUUGUGAACGAGUUGUUAAGCUUGUGUGAAAACGUAUUGCUUAUCAUAUAUUCUCGCUUUCUGACAUCCUGUGAAUUCCGUUUAAAUUCUCGCUUCUCAUUUCAUGCUUUAUAAACACCCGUGUGUGCUUUCUCCGCAUUAUGAAUUUUAUUUGAUCAAAAUGGCUUUUGCCUAAUAUGCUAUCAUCAAGCAAAUUUGGUGCUUCAAUUAUUGGUAAUAUUUCAGAGCAAUUUCAUUGGCUAAAAUAAAGCUACUGAGCAAGAAAAUGGAUUCUGAGAAGAACAUCGGUUUAUGGAACGGGGUUAUUUUGUGCAUUGUAAAUAUUUCAUUCUUGAUUUCUGGUAUUAUAUUAAAUUCGGUCGUUGUUAUUUGCAUCUGGCGUUGUUCAAAUUUACGAAAGAAGCUUUGUUACUUUACAAUCUUGGUUUUAUCAUGCUUCGACUUGGCAAACGUGAGUGUCACACAUACGUUAAACACACUUUCCACAGCAGCUUGCCUAUGGAAGAGCAAUAUUAUCUUGGAGCUAACACGGUUGAAAAUAAGCAUGAUAUUUUUCGAAUUGUCCACACUUUCUCUGCUAAUGCUCAAUGUUGAAAGGUUUCUAGCUUUAAAUUUCUCGUUUUUUCACGAAAGACAUGUAAACAGACAUCGUUUUUUAGUUCUCACGACUUGUCAGGGUGUACUUCUUGUUAUUCCAACAUGUUUUCUACUCAAUUAUGCGAAAACAGUAAAACUCAUUUUGAUAGUGCUUCUUUUUAUAUCUUCUUUUCUAAUUUCAUUAUUUAACUACAAAUUGUACCGUAUUGCAAAAGCCAAACAAGAACUUUUGAGAAAUACAGUAUGCAAUUUGACAAUGGCAUCUUUUCGAGAAAGCAAACGUCAAUUGAACAGUUUGAAGAAAGUUUCAACGUGCAUAAUCGCUGUUGUGUGUUAUCUUCUAUUUGGUGCAAUUCCAUCUCUUGUGUAUAUCUCUACAUGCUUCAUCAUGAAUUUGUCAUCCAACGAUUCACGUUUGUUCUCGCCCAAUCUAUGGAUAAGUUCGUUGAUCACCAUGAAUUCAACGAUAAACUGUAUUAUAUUUUUCUGGAGGAACAGCGUACUGAGAAAAGAAGCACUAAAGAUGCUCAAACGGCUAUGUCAUUGCAUCAAAAAUAAAUAAUACAUUAAUCCACCUGUUACAACAAGAUAUUCUUACCGAAUGAAAAAGGAAAGUCUUGUUGAUAGAAAUGCUUUGCUAAUUUAAAAUGAACAAUAACUCCCUUUGUUAAUACAAAUUGACCUAGUAUGCUUCUGAAAAUCAAAGACCUGAAAAUAAUUGAAAAAAAACUGAAACAUAUUCAAAAUGCGCAAUAAGAGACAUCUAAAAAAUUGAUGCUUCAUAUUUUCCCCAGACUUUACUUUGCCUAUUAUAAAAGCACCACAGCCAUAAAAAAGAAAAACUAUUAAUCAAAUGCACGAGGAGAAUAUAGCACGGUUCAUUAUUAUGGACAGAGAAAUAUCUCUUACCUGGAAACACUUAAGCAUGAAUUUGUUUGAGCGUUACGUCUUUUAUCUUUAAACAUUUCAUAAUUAAAAGAAAUAUUGACAAA